CCCCCGCGCCGUGAGGAGCCGCCGCCGCCGCCAUUAUGGGGAGGAAGUCGAGCAAAGCCAAGGAGAAGAAGCAGCGGCGGCUGGAGGAGCGCGCGGCCAUGGCCGCCGUCUGCGCCAAGGUCGAGGCCGCCAACAAACUCCAAGAUCCCCUCGAGGCUUUCCCGGUGUUCAAAAAGUACGACAGGAAUGGGCUGAACGUGUCCAUCGAGUGUCGCCGCGUGUCCGGCCUGGAGCCCUCAACGCUGGACUGGGCCUUCGAGCUGACCAAGGCCAACAUGCAGACACUCUACGAGCAGAGCGAGUGGGGCUGGAAGGAGCGGGAGAAGCGGGAGGAGCUGCGGGACGAACGCGCCUGGUACCUGCUGGCCCGCGAGCCCGGCGCCGGCCCCGUCGCCUUCUCCCACUUCCGCUUCGACGUCGAGUGCGGGGACGAGGUCCUGUACUGUUACGAGGUGCAGCUGGAGAGCAGAGUCAGGCGGCGCGGGCUGGGCAAGUUCCUGCUGCAGAUCCUGCAGUUGGUGGCCAACAGCACGCAGAUGAAGAAGGUGAUGCUGACCGUGUUCAAGCACAACCACGGCGCUCUCCAGUUCUUCCGCGAGGCGCUGCAUGGCCGGGGCCGGGCGCCGCGGGCAGGCGGGGCAGGGGCAGAGACAGAGGUGGGUGCUCGGGGAACCCCCUCCCCAAAAUAAAAACAACCAAACUCGGGGAACCCCCUCCCCAAAAUAAAUAAAAACAGCCAAACUCGGGGAUCCCCUCCCCCGCUGUCGGCACCGCCACCCCCCAGAAUUCCCCGAGUGGGGGUGGGGAACGGCCCGGCUUUGGGUUUUGCCCCACUGAGGAAGGGUUUAAAGGUGGUUUUGGGGAUGGUUUGC